AUGGGACUCAAUGGAACUCAAGAUAUUAGUCUAGAACGUCUACAAACAUCAACUAGAAACUCGUCAGAAAGCGACGACCAUCUUUUGAAUGACAUCGAUGACGAUCAACACGAUACUGAUAACCAACAUCUAUUAGAACACCAGCACACUGGUACAAAGACGCUUUUAAAAGAAGGUCGGAGGACACUGAUAAAGUCUGGUGCUAUUAACUUGAUAUGGAUUUUGACUUGGUACACUUUUGCCACAUUUUUAUCUAUCUAUAACAAAUGGAUGUUUUCAGCUGAUCAUUACAACUUUCAGUUCCCUCUAUUUGUCACCAGCGUUCAUAUGAUUGUACAGUUUAUCUUUGCAGGCGUUUCUCUCUUUUCGAUUCCUCGAUUACGACCCAAAACAAGACCUACUUCUAAAGAAUAUGUAUUCAAAGUAUUUCCAUGCGCUUUGGCCACAAGUUUGGACAUUGGAUUAUCAAACCUCUCAUUGAAAACAAUUACACUGUCCUUUUAUACCAUGUGCAAAUCAUCAACUCUGGCAUUCGUAUUGGUGUUUGCUUUUUUAUUCAAAUUGGAAAGUCCCAGUUUACGACUCAUUGGUAUCAUUAUCAUUAUUACAAUAGGUGUAGUAUUGAUGGUCUCUGAUGAAACAGAAUUCGUAUUAUCUGGGUUUAUUCAAGUCAUGGCUGCUUCUGCUUUUGGUGGUCUACGAUGGGCAUUGACUGAAGUACUUUUAAGAAAGGAAAGCAUGGGACUGACCAAUCCGUUCGCUUCUAUCUUUUUCUUGGCUCCUGCACAAGCUUUUAUUCUUGUUGUGAUAGCUGGAGUGGUUGAAGGUUAUGGAUCUAUCUUUUCAAGUGUCUUUUUUAUCGAUGUAGCUGAAGCUUUUCAUACGAUGGGAAUUGUUCUAUUUGGUGGUGCAUUAGCAUUUUGCAUGAUCAUGUCAGAAUUCUUUUUGAUCAAGCGAACGUCAGUGAUGACUUUAAGUGUUUGUGGUAUCUUCAAGGAAGUGGCAACCAUCUUCAUCUCGACAAUUGUAUUUGGAGACAAACUGACUGUUAUCAACAUAUUUGGAUUAUGCAUUACAUUAUUCGGUAUCGGAUUAUAUAACUGGUUGAAGAUUCGUGCUGCCUCACUCUCAGUACAGAAGGAUUUACAUCAUCAUCAUCAUCAUCAUUUACUAGUGGAUGAACAGGGCACAAUACUACACGAUAUGGAAAAUGAUGAAAACGAGGAUAACAGUGAUCACCAACGUCAACAUAUAUCAGCAGCAAAUACAAGUAUAUUUGAACUAACAUCUCGUGACCACCAUUAUCAUCCAAAAAUGACCUCUCUAUACAGCAUGUCAGCAGAAAGUACGCCAGUCCUUUUGGCAGAUGCAGGUUUAUCAACAGCAUAUCAAAAUAAUGAUGAUGAUGAUGAUGAUGAUGAUUUGAAUCUAAAUCUUACCAAUAAGGAUGUCAACAAUCAUGUACCAACAACCCAUUCUCAAGGUGUCAUACCCGGCCAGUGA